AUAUAGUUCAAUGGCAACAAUCGGUUUAUGCGCGCGUCACCGGAUCCAGCGAAGAUUCGAGAUCGUUCCGGAAUCUUCAGGAUCUGCAAGAUUAUCCGGAGCCAAAACUAAAGAGACACUUUGUUCGGAACCGGGAUGGAGAUCGGUCGAGUUAGAGUCGUCGGAUUAAGUGGUGAAGUCGUCUUGUUAACCGUUUUGUGCCGUUCGCUGUCGAUAGGAACUAGUCGGAGAACUUUCAACUGCUUUCGGGGGUGAAAAAGAUAUUUUGCGCUGAAACGUACUUGCUUUUGAGAGCAUGUGUUCAGGUUCAGGAGAACUUGAAUUGAAAAUUCAGUAUUUAAGAUUUUUUAAAUAUGUACAUAAAUUGAUUGUGUGCGUAUGCAGAACAUGUAAAUUUUAUAAUACGUUUAAGCAAAAUAUAUUGAGUAUAGUGUAUUAGAUGCUUUACUGUGAGAUUAAAAAAAAAAACAUUAUUAGGAAAUGAAAAGAUUCAAUGAUAAUUCCACCACUAGUGGUGAGAAAAAAUGGUACGAGGAAUAUUCGAAGACAGAGGAACCUUGCAAGCAUUCUUUAUCCGAAGUUGGUGUGUUACAACUAAAAGACGAAGGAAAAAAAUAUCUGGAUGCAGAGACUGCCAGUUUUCAGUUGAAACAAUCUAAGUCACAUGACUCAGAGACAAAAUGGUUAAAGACAGCAUUGCAGCAGGGUACUUUUUUGGAUAGAAUAGCAGCCAACAUAGUGCUGGUGCAAGAUAAUCCGAAAUAUAAUUUUAGUCGUCUAAUAUUUCUAGUCUAUCAAGUAAAAGGGGCCAAACACAGUCAGUGUGGUUUGGUCAUAACGUCUCUCAAGGAACUCUUUCUAACUGAUCUGUUGCAUCCAACUUUUAAGUUGUUAAAAUUUGAAGAACAGGAUCUAGAUAAGCUUGAAGUAGGAAAUGAAUCAAAUUCUAUUGUUAAAACAAAUGCUGCUAGAAAUAGAUUACUGGCACAUUGGUACUUUGAAGAUCAACUGCGUGAGCAGUAUAAACGCUUUGUUUUAAGUCUGUCCGCAGUAGCUAUUGAUAGAGUAGACAUAAAUCGUGAAAAAGCCAUAUUGGUAAUGACAGAUUUGUUGAUGAACAAUGCUGAACAAGAACAUAAGUUACUGGAGUUGAUUGUGAAUAAAAUCGGCGAUCCUACUAGCAGAAUUGGAUCUAAAGCUGUAGUUUGCAUCAACAAGUUAUUGCAAGAGCAUCCAAAUAUGAAGCUUGUAGUUUUGCGUGAAGUUGAGAAACUAUUGUUUAGAAAAAACGUGUCUCAACGUGCUCAAUAUUAUGCUAUAUGUGUGUUGACACAAUUUUUUCUGGACAGAAACGACGACGAAAUAGCUGUUACAUUGGUAGAAGCGUACUUUGCGUUUUUCAAAGCAUGUUUGAAAAAGGGAGAACCUGACAGCAAAAUGAUGGCAGCAAUUCUAACGGGUGUUAAUAGAACAUAUUCUUUCGCUAAGGUAGAUUCAAAGGUGCUGAGCAAACACAUUGAUUCUGUUUACGAAGUGGUGCAUUUUGGGUCGUUUAAUGUCUCUCUUAAUGCACUUACCUUAUUGCACCAAAUUACAGGCAAGGACGAGUCUCAAGCAAACAGAUUUUAUUCAACUUUUUACAGAAAGUUACUCGACCCACAAAUAGGAGUAGCAAAUAAACGCGCAAUGUUUCUCAACUUGGUAUAUCGAGUUCUUCGGAAAGAUCAAAGCGUAUUACGUCUAUACGCAUUUAUUAAAAGAAUCUUGCAAAUCACACUGUACUUCCCUGCAAAUAUGACAUGUGCUAUGCUCUAUGUUGUCUCUAAAAUUCUUCAAGAACGCAAAGACUUGAGGCACAUCCUGCUCAAGUCACAGAAAGAUGUGAAUAAAAUCGAGAAUAUCGAUUGUGAAGGAAAAGUUGAAAACGACAUUUGUGAAGUAAGCUCGUCAGAUGCGGAAGAUGUUUCUACAAUGAAAAAUAAGAAUAAAGCGACGAAAAACACCAUUAUGUUAUCGAACGUAACAAUUGGCGUUGACAUCGCGUCAGGAACGCAAGCCGAUGUGAAGGAAGAGACCGACGUAAAAGUUGAGGAGCAAAAUGUGAAGUUGUAUGAUCCCUUUUGUCGGAAUCCACUCUACGCGGGAGUAGCCAAAGGGUUGUACACCGAGCUCGCAGCAUUGUCCAGACAUUUCCAUCCCAGUGUUGCUAUAUUCGCAAAUCGGAUAAUUCAAGGUAAACCGAUUGAGUACACGGGCGAUCCGUUGGAGGAUCUAACGUUGAUUCGAUUUUUGAAUCGGUACGUCUUUAAGAACUCGAAGAAGUCAGAAGAUAUGAAGGUGCAGAAGAAAAAUGAUCCCUUGGCAAUACGCGCCGGAUAUACACCCAAGGGUGUACGCUCCCUUCCUGUCGAUAGCGCAGCGUAUCUCAACGAAAGGGAGGAGCGAAUACCAGUUGACGAGUUGUUCCUUCAUAAAUUUUGGAAGAAAGAGAGCGAGACUAAGGACAUCAAGAAAGAAGACGAUGAUGAAGACAUGGAGAGCGUUAACAGUGAAGAGUUCAACGAUAUGCUAGAUCGUGUGGGCAUCAACUACGAUUUAGACGAUUUAAACGAUUUAGACAAUUUAGACAUUGCGACAGAUAUCGCGCUUGGGAAGAAAAAAAGGUAAAUCUGUAUUCUUGUAUGUAGAAUUGUAUAAAAUAUGCUUUGACUCAUCUAUAGGGGGAAUGAUUGUUUCUGU